GUUUUGUAAACUUAAACACCAAUGUGUACACUGCAGCAAGAAACACUGUACCCUUACAUGUCCAGAGCAAAAAGGAAAACAAGCAAACUUUGUCAAAACUUCCAACACCAAUAAAGGUUGAAAAUUUAAAACACUUUUUAGCAGGUUAUGAAACACAGUUGAAAGAUAAAUUGAUUCAUGGUUUUUCUUUUGGAUUUUCAAUUAAUUCUUGUUUUUCUACAUCCCUAAAUAAAAUGAUUUUUCCUCCAAAUCAUAAAAGUGCAAGGGAAAAUUAUCAUGUUGUGCAAUCAAAACUAAAUAAAGAGAUUGAAGCAGGUAGAGUUAAGGGUCCUUUUACAAAGCCCCCUUUCCCUCUCUUUGUAUGCUCCCCUUUGGGUUUAGUUCCAAAAAAGGAACCCAAUUCUUAUCGAUUAAUACAUGAUUUGUCGUAUCCUAAGGGUGACUCUGUAAACUCUGGUAUUUCCCCAGAAUUUUCGGCUGUACAAUACCAAAACAUUGAAACAGUUAUAGAUUUAGUCCAAUCUUAUGGAUCAAAUUGUCUAAUGUCCAAAACAGAUAUUGAGCAUGCAUUUCGCUUAAUUCCAAUUGCUAAAAAAGAUCAUCAUCUAUUGGGUUUUCAUUGGGACAAACAAUUUUAUUAUGAUGUCUCCCUCCCCAUGGGGGCUUCGUCCUCGUGUCAGCUGUUUGAGUCUUUUUCUACAGCCCUCCACUGGAUUUUAAAUGCUAAAUUUCAAAUAUAUGGGGUAUCACACCUGUUAGAUGAUUUUUUCUUUGUCGGAAAAGCUGGCUCAAAUGAAUGCUAUAGUGCAUUACAAACUUUUCUUUGUCUUGCCGAUAAAUUGGGGGUACCCAUCAAAUCAGACAAAACACAACUCCCUACUACUUGCAUUAUUAUCUACGGUAUUGAAAUUGAUUCUACUCAGAUGGUAGCUCGUUUACCUAUGGAAAAAAUUGAAAAAAUUUUGCAAUUAUUGAGUAAAUACAAAUGUAAACGCAGUAUCUCACUUAGAGAAUUGCAAUCCUUAUUGGGUCUUUUAAAUUUUGCAUGCGGAGUUAUCAUACCUGGAAGAGCCUUUUUACGUAGGCUUUUUGACCUGACUAUAGGCCAUACAUCUCCUCAUUAUAGAAUCAAUCUUAAUUCUGAUGCAAGAUUAGAUCUGAAGUUAUGGUACAAUUUUAUUGAAAAUUACAAUGGUAAAUCUUGUUUUUUAUUUAAAGAAUGGGUUUCAUCAGAUUUUUUAAAACUUUUUUCUGAUGCUGCAGGUACAUAUGGUGGUUUUGCUGCAGUUUUUGGCAGCAAAUGGUUUUCAGGUGAAUGGCCACCGGAGUUAGUCGAUUUACACAUUACAGUGAAAGAACUUUUCCCGAUUGUGUUAGCUAUUGAUAUAUGGGGCCCUCUAUUGGCAAAUCAUAAAAUACUGUUUUUAACAGAUAAUUCAGCUGUUGCUGAAAUUAUAAAUAAAAUAUCAUCUCGAGAAAAGAAUAUUAUGAAAUUGAUUCGAAGAUUAGUGCUAGCUGCAUUAAAGUACAAUAUCUAUUUUAGAGCCAAACAUAUUCCUGGAAAAACAAACGUUAUUUGUGACUUGUUGUCUCGUUUUUCAUUUCAGGAAGCUCAUCAGAUUGCUCCUUGGUUAAGUCCAACUCCUGUGGCCAUUCCACCUCAAUUUUUGCAUCUAUGACUGAUAAGCUUGUUAGUGCAUCAUUAUCUGAUGCUACUGUGUCAUCAUAUAAUAGAAUGCUAAGUGUGUAUUCAAAUUUUUGUCAGAAAAUUUUUCCAGGAGUUAUUGUACUUCCAUCUACUCAUGUCAUGGUUGCUCAUUUUAUUUCACAUUUGUUUAUUCAAAAUUAUCAACCAUCUACAAUUGCGUCAUACAUAUCAGCCAUCAGUUUUAUACAUAAAAUUAAGUUCUUACAGGAUCCAACAGACACAUUUUUUAUUAAAAAAAUGUUAAAAGGUACAAAACAGUUGAGACAUUCUGUUGAUACACGGUUGCCAAUAACCUAUGAUAUUCUUGUAAAAUUAGUUAAGGCUUUACCAAAAGUAAUAGUUGGCAUUUAUAAUCAAGUUUUGUUAAAGGCUAUGAUGUCUACUGCUUAUUUUUGUUUCUUACGUAUUGGAGAAAUUGCAGUUAAAACUGAGUCUGAAUUCUAUAGAGUAAUUCAAAGGGAAGAUAUAAAGUUUGAAAGAGUAAAUGGUCAUGUGAGCAAUAUGACAAUUACUAUGAAGUUCUACAAACAUAGUAAUCUGCAAAGUAAGACAUUAUCAAUAGCUAGACGUCCUGAAAAUUAUCUAUGUCCUGUUAAAGCUAUUGAGGAAUAUCUAAGGUUACAUUAUUGUCCACUUGGUCCUUUAUUUCGAUUUAAAUGUGGAAAACCUGUUUCAGGUUUUUAUUUCAAUUCUUCAUUAAAAAGUUUGCUUAAUUUCGUAGGUUUAGACACAAAUUUUUAUAAAGGUCACAGUUUCAGAAUUGGAGCUGCGACAUCUGCAGCUGCCAGAGGUGUGCCUUUAGCCUUGAUCCAAAACAUGGGUAGAUGGAAGUCAAACGCUUUUCAACAUUAUAUUCGACUUGAUAAUUUUCACACUUAGAUUUAAUAUAAUCACAGUCGCUUACUAAGUGCUUUGGUAGAGGUCAACAUGGCUUGCUUUACCUUAUUGUGAUUCAUUUUUUGUAAGGAUUAACAAGACUGUUUUAUACAUGUUAGAAUUAUUUACUUUUGUAGAGGUCAACAUGGUUUGCUCUGCAAAUUUAAGUUUUUGCCAUCAGUCAUUUACUAUAUAUGUAAUGGUAUUUAUUUGGUUGGUAGAGGUCAACAUGGCUUGCUUUACCUUUCAUUUACAAGUUUCAUUAUAUUAGUAUAUAUUAUUUUUUGCUUUGUUUAUAAUCUGUGUUAAUGUUUUUGUAGAGGUCAACAUGGUUUGCUCUACACUUUUACUUGAAAUGCAAAAGUUAAAAGGUGUAUAUUUUAUUCCAUUUUGGGUGUUUUUUGUUGAGGUCAACAUGGCUUGCUCAAUUUUUCUAGUUCUGGAGUUCCUUAAGUUGAAUUCAGAGUCCUCGGAUGGGGAUCCCUCUUGGGAUUUGUGGCACUUUUUCAACCCCACCUUUGCUUAUUAAAGUCAUUGUCAUUUAUGCAGUACUAUUAUAAUUGUUAAGAUGUAAGUUGCAUUUUAAAUUAAUUUCUGAAUAAAUGACAUUUUACUCAACUUGUGUUUUAUUAACAGCAAACAUAGCUCAGACUCUUUGAUCUAGGUCAUUUAUACAAGGUUUUCUCGUUGUUAUCUGUGUCUAGGAACAUUAGCUGACAAAAUAACAUUUAUUGUAAAUAAAAGACUUUUUGGCUGGAAUUUCCGAUAAUAUUGAUUUUAUUAAUGCCAUGUGUGUAAGAAGGCAUUUCUUUGUUUAAGUAUAUCAACAUGAGGUCAAGGACUGCAUGUUCAAUGCAUGAUCAUCUAAUUACAUUAUCUGAUUGGUCAGUUCUUGAGAUCGGUAAUUAAUAUCAAAUUUCUACAUGUGCUCGGACAUGCGGUCAUUCGCCUUUGUUUUGGGAGAGAGAAAAGGUCGUUUUUGAAUUUUAUCUGAAAACCCUCCCAUUUCCCUCCCUUUUAAGCGUUAUUAUAUAGGACAUUUAUUUUUCUUUAAACAUCAAUUAAGGACAAUAUUCAUUGUAUUGUUUAUAUACUUUGUAUAUAUAUAUGUUGGUGAGUUAAUUUUUUCAACUCACUUUUAUUUUUGUCAUUUUUAUGAUGUUCAUUAUGUUAGGGUGUGGCACUUUUUCAACCCCACCUUUGCUUAUUAAAGUCAUUGUCAUUUAUGCAGUACUAUUAUAAUUGUUAAGAUGUAAGUUGCAUUUUAAAUUAAUUUCUGAAUAAAUGACAUUUUACUCAA